AAUGUGGCUUGACAAUGUGGAGUCACGACAAGAUGUGACAAUGACCUUCUUUUCGCGCCGUUGUUGUCGAAACCUGAGUCAUAUAAUUUAACGUAAAUAAAAUAAGGUUUAUUUCCAACGGGAAAGUGUUGAAAUAAGACGGCGUCUUGCGACCGACUGGUAGCACAGCCAGCGACGUAUUCGUCGCUUCAACAUUAGGUUGAAACAACCGAAACACAUGGAAACAUGAAAGGUAAGCACGAAAAGGAGCUGGUUCGUCUGGAUGAUGACGAAAUCCUCGAGCUGAUCGGCAGUCGUCUGGGCCUCGAGGCGACCGAGGGGGAGGCUGCGGCGGCCACCGGUACGGCCGAAUCGACCACCACCUCUGCCCUCGACCCGCAGCUGUCCCGAUCAGCCGGAGGUCAUGGCGGCAGGCGCAACCGGCGCCGAUCCACGCUCAAAAAGGUGAUCAAAAAGCGACCCAAGAAGAACAUCGUCACACCGGACCAGUACGACUGGGCCAACCGUCUGAUCCCCUCCUUUCAGCUAGGUAUCGACGUAGCUCUCACACAGACAGCCACGCAGGAGAUCCGAGAUCUACUCUUUCACGACUUCUUCUUCAUCGAGAUCAUCCAGUUCAACCCUUCCGUACUAAAUCGUGUCACUUCGGGUAUCGAGUCGUUCACACUCAAGGCGUACGCGCCGAUGGCGUUUGCGCACUUUCGGAAGCUGUUCAACGUUCGAGAUGACGUGAUGCGUGCGUCGUUGUGUGAGGAGAAGCUGACCAUGGUAGUGAACGCAGGAGCCAGUGGCAGCAUCUUCUACGUGACGCCAGACAGAGACUUCGUGCUGAAGACGGUCACAAAGAAGGAGGCCCAGUUUCUGCAAGAGCUGUUGCCAGAAUACUACAUGAACAUUCACCAGAACCCAAGCACCUUCCUACCUCGUUUCUAUGGUCUGUUCGUCGUCAAGAGGUACACAUGUGUCAUGAGGUUAGUCAUCAUGAACAACAUCAUCCGACCGGGCCUGGUGGAUCACAAGUUCGACCUGAAGGGCUCUCGGUACCACCGCUGUUACCGGGCGGACGGCGCCGGUGCCGGUACAGUCGGAACCAGCGUGCCGACACUGAAGGACCUGGACUUCAUCGAGGUGUACCCCAACGGCCUGCUGCUGGAGCCCGACGUGUACAGCAUCGUGUCCAAGACGCUGCAGCGAGACGUCCUGGUGCUGCAGAGUUUCGACAUCAUGGACUACAGCCUGCUGCUGGCGAUCCGAAAGGACAUGACGUCGGAUCUGGUGGCGUCGACCACGCAGACCACGCAGCGUCGCAGCCGCGCCGUCACCGCCGAGGAGUCCUAUUGCGAGAUCCACAUGCGCCACAACUGUCACGCGCCCAACUGCUGCUCCCGACGGCUCAUCCGGAAACUGGCGGAGAUCACGCUACCAUGCGGUGGGAUACCGGCGUUCGAGGAAAAUGGAGACCGUCUCGUUAUCUACAUGGGCAUCAUAGACAUCCUGCAGGACUAUGGCAUCAAGAAGAUCGCCGAGCACUUCAUGAAGUCGCUCUGCAUACAUUCAGCCGAUAUUAGUGAGGUAUCGGUCCAGCCGCCCGACUUUUACGCGGUAAGGUUUAGCGACUUCAUCACCCACCGAGUGUUCCGGAAGGGUCCCGAACAGCCUGCGGUAUCCGUCCCAGUGCCUGCCCGUCCUGCCUCAGCCAAAGCCGAGUCGGGUCCCUCACAAACCCCACCACCGGCGGCGGCCGACCCGCGCGCCUCGCUCGACGCCGAGAUGGCUACCUCGCUGUACCCGGCGGGCUCUGAGGAGCCGGCGCCGCUGCCGGAGGUAGAGGCCAGUGGGUCCGUGGUGGUCACCCACCCACCGGGACUCUACCAGGACCCGGCAGCGGUCACCAGCUCUGUCGGAGACGGCAGCGCCGCCGCCGCCGCCGACUCGGGAGCCAAGCGGAGCUCGUGGUUUUUCCUCUGAUGGUUGCAGAGAGGGAAGCGUUCCGUCCCAGCCGAAGUCGGAGGUCAAGGAGCGGCUGAGGUUGCCGGCAGUGGUCAGCAAGGCGGCACCGGGAUCGUCAUGACGACCUCAGAACCUCGUGAGCAAUGUGCUGUGAUAUGAGAUCGCGUCAUUUUCAACCGAACAAGUUUUAUCGAGGCACUGGAAGCCGUUUCCAUUACAAGUGGGUCGGGGUAGUCAGUCUACUCAUCGUGCCAGUGAUAGAUUCAUGGACGUACUGUGUUCGUGUGGGCUGCUCGCGAAGUGCGCCGUCUUCUGAAUCGUCUUUGUCGCAGCGGCAGCUGCUCUGGAGAGCGUCAGCUGUAUCAGCUGCGCGCCAGCUGGCAGUUGCAGCUGUAUUGAUGCAUUCGAAACUCACCGUACCUACCUACCGCAUAUGUUGAAAAUAACCACAUGUAUGGCAUGGUGUGCAUGUUUGUCGGUUAUUUAACUACUCGAAUACCAGGGAAAUACGACUGUA